UGUUUCAAUUAUUACUAUGACGGGAGUGCGUAGUGUUGUGAAAACGAACCUUAUACCUCGAGCAGCUAAGAUUUUGACGACGGUCAAUACACGUGGAGUGAUGUUGCGGUUUUAUCACUGCUCAGAACAAGUGUAUGAUGAGCCUUUACCUUGUGAAUGGUACGACAGAUCUUUAUCGAAGUUAACAAAAUGGAGCCACUCGCUAAAGAAUGUGGACGUAAUUGAUGGAAAGCUAGUAAAUGUUGAUAAUGACUCUAGAGUUUACGAUGACAACUUGGAGGAAAAGCUGUAUGCUUUUAAAUCACUUGCUAGGACGUUUAUUGGUGGUCCAUCAAUGCAGGAAUCGAUAAAAAAUAACGUGGUGCGUGCAUUAGGUGAUGUACGAUGUGAUGAUCAACGCGUUUUCUGUUUCAGUAAAGCUAGCGAGAGAGAAGCAAUAACAGUUGAUUCGCUCAAGAAAGUGUCGGAGUUCUUGAAUGUUUCUGCACAACAAAGGAAGCUUGUCAGGCAAGCGAUAUGUGAGCAGGUGACAAAGUACCCGAUAUGGAUAGGGGCGAUAGAGGAGAUACUGAAUGGCUUGAGAUGUGAAAUCGAUGAAAUGAGUUGUAGAUGUUCGAGUAAAGAAAUUAGAAUGGCGCAACAAAUAGUUACGACUUGUCAAAAGUUUUUAGAAAAUGCAACUUGUUAUGACCCGGAAUCCACUUCAUGGAUGCGCCUCGCACCUGCAAAAGGCGUGGAGUCACAUGAUUCUCAUAAGUGGGAAGGUGUUCUUGAGAUGUUCGACGACCUUAUUAAUUGCUUGAGUGAAGAGAGAAAGUUAACUUCGGAGGUAAAGAAGUUUGAGGUCAUGAAAGAGGGGCUUUAUCAGAUUAGGGAUGUUUUCAUCGACAAAAACAUUGGAUAUAAGGAAGCUCGCCACCAAGAGAGUUUAGUGCAUAAAAAGUUGACGAAGACAUUGGGCCACUCAUCGCGGUGUGUGUUCACACUUCUUCUUUAUUAUCUUUACGAAAACAUCUGGGAUAUUGAUGUUGAAGUAUGUGGAGGACUUUAUGCAAUUGGUAACGGGGAUAAGUUUCGUCUGUGCAUGGGAAAGAUCCUAACUUCCGAUGAGCAUAAUAUGCUGCAGAGCGGGGUAAAGCAGCUAAGCAGAGCUCUGGGGCUUUUCAAGUUUGUAUGGGAGACGGCAAGAAUGAAAGGCGACCUAGAAGUACAAGGCCAUCUGUGGUGCAUUGGUGCCAAGAAUAAGUCAUUUACCUAUAGAAAUAAUAUGUUCUUGCUGCAUUCUAUUAGUUGAUGAUGUGAGAGACCGUGAAAGCUAAAAAGGUGGAAGAUGCAUUCAUCGAUGAAUGUGUAUAGUAGGUUAGUAUGUAACAACUAUUUGCUGCCAUCAAAAUGCAUCUCUACUGUCAUAUCAAUUUCAAUGUGUUACUUAUGAUGGGGAAACUGUAUGCCUGCGUAACAACACAAUCAUCACGUCAUUUGUUUGUUACAGAUGGUCUAUUCAUAGACUUUAUCUCAUAUACUAGUUUUGCUAUUCAAAUUGUAAUCUAUUGUCAUUAAUAUUCUUCCGUUUUAUACUUGUCAUGUU